AUGAAAGGAGUCACCUGGUACAAUUCUGUAGGGAAGAAAUUGUCCGUUCCAGUUGACGUUUCGCAAGAUACUCUUGUGGUGGAGAUUCCAAAGUUUUCUGGUAUUAUGAACCAGGAAGGUCAAUUUGUCGAUACGAAAAAUCGGGUACAUGUUCUAGGGCGAGAGAAUGGUUACUACUAUCAUUAUUUCAAAGAUGGAGUAUGGGCGAAACGUAGAAUCAAUGAUUAUGCUGCGGUCCUCUUUGGUGCUCGGGGGAAAUUGUUGGUCAAAGAAGACACUGUAUAUGCAUUUCUGCCCCUUCAAAACCACAAGUUUGUGAUUGUUAAAUCAAAUAUUCAAGAUUUGGGUGCUCAGUGGACCGUCGUUGCAUCGUUUGACAAGCUUGAUGGGGAACCAUUGAUUGACAGGUACUCCGAAAACAUCCACAUUUUGCAAAGAGAAGCUCCCGAAGAAAACACCGGUGACGGCCGUGCCACCGGAACGAACACUAGAUACGUUAUUCUCUUACAUAUCCAACCUUGA